GAGAUGGGGACUGAGCGCGCGGAGGCAAUCCCCAAGGAAGAAGUUUCAGAAGAAGCCGAGCCACGCGUGGCAGCGUCAGAGAAACUUCCCAAGGUGGUUUGCCAGGGCCGGGAGUUUGGAGGCGCCCGGGCAGAAGACGCGGUGGAGAGGCACUCGAGAGCGUCCUCAGACGAGAGCGCGCAGCAGGCGUCUCCUCGGGGGAGAGGCCUGGCGUCGGGGCUGAUCGCCUGUAAGAGGUCACCGUCGGGCGAGAAGUCCGGGGACAGCGACGAGAGCGAGUGCAUCUGCAGCCCUGGCCCGCACCCACUCACGUCUCCGGCCGGGCCCCCAGCCGCGCCCGUCCGCGCCUGCGCCGCCUCCCGCCACAACCCCGUGGAGAACUCAGAGUCUCACAAGGCCCGGAGAAGUCCUGUGGGAGAAAAGCCUCAUACGUGCACAGAGUGCGGGAAGGCCUUUAAUCAGAACUCGCACCUCAUCCAGCAUCUGCGGGUCCACAGUGGAGAGAAGCCCUUCGAGUGCAAAGAGUGCGGGAAGACGUUUGGGACCAACUCCAGCCUGCGGAGGCACCUGAGGAUCCACGCCGGGGAGAAGCCCUUCGCCUGCCGUGAGUGCGGCAAGGCCUUCAUCCAGAGCUCACACCUCAUCCACCAUCACAGGAUCCACACCGGGGAGCGGCCAUACAAGUGUGAGGAGUGUGGCAAGGCCUUCAGCCAGAACUCGGCGCUCAUUCUGCACCAGAGGAUCCACACCGGGGAGAAGCCGUAUGAGUGCAACGAGUGCGGGAAGACCUUCCGGGUGAGCUCUCAGCUCAUCCAGCACCAGCGCAUCCACACGGAGGAGCGAUACCACGAAUGCCUCGAGUGCGGCAAAGCCUUCAAGCACAGCUCGGGCCUCAUCCGGCACCAGAAAAUCCACACCGGAGAGAAGCCCUACCUGUGUAACGAGUGCGGGAAGGGCUUCGGCCAGAGCUCGGAGCUGAUCCGCCACCAGAGAAUCCACACGGGGGACAAGCCCUACGAGUGCAACGAGUGUGGGAAGACGUUCGGCCAGAACUCGGAGAUCAUCAGACACAUUCGGAUCCACACCGGCGAGAAGCCCUACGUGUGCAAGGAGUGUGGGAAGGCCUUCCGGGGGAACUCGGAGCUUCUGAGGCACGAGAGGAUCCACACCGGCGAGAAGCCCUACGAGUGCUUUGAGUGUGGGAAGGCCUUCAGGCGGACCUCCCACCUCACGGUCCACCAGAGGAUCCACUCGGGGGAGAAGCCUCACCAGUGCAACGAGUGUGCAAGAACCUUCUGGGACAGCUCGGAGCUGCUUCUCCACCAGAAGAUUCACGUCGGGGAGAAGCCAUAUGAGUGCACCGAGUGCGAGAAAGCCUUCGGCCAGCAUUCCCAGCUUGUCCUCCACCAGAGGACGCACACGGGCGAGAAGCCCUACGAGUGCCAGGAGUGCCGGAAGACCUUCAGCAGGAGCUCCCACCUCCUCCGGCACCAGAGCGUCCACUGCGCGGAGUGAUCGCCCUGGACGACGUGCCCCAGCCCGACCGGCUGCGCCCAGGCCUGCGGACCCCACGAGGGGACACACGUCCUCCUCCCGCCGACUUCCAGCGCAGCGGCCAAAAACGAGAAGGUGCUUUUGUGAGCGGUUCACGGAGAAGUUUCGGGAUCCCGAGUUAAAUCGUAAAAGCUGUUUCAGGCCUUCGUGUUUCCUCUGUUCCCUUUCGCACUCCCUCCGCGUUCCCCGAGCGGAUCCCCUCACUUCCGGGGUCUCUACCAGCCACGUAGCCCAGAUUGUUAGUUCUCGGGAACCGUGGAGACACGUGGCCCGCCACCUCCCAAGGGUGACGGCGCUGACUCGUGGAAGGUUAGGAGGUCGUGGCGGAGGACACACUCCGUCUUCCCGGCCACGGUGUCGCACCAGGACCUUUGAUCGAGCUUCUCUUAGCUUCAACAUCUUGCAGACGUGCUACCGAGGUUCCUUAGAUGAUUGCUGAAGCCGGGAAGCUUGGGGACCCCCUCCUGCGAGGCCUCCUCGUCCCCCCGCAGAGGGUGCAGGACGGAGGAGACGACAGGCCGCUUCCAGGAUGGCGAGCGAGGCCCUGAGCGUCCCAAGGGGCUGGUGGGCCAGGCGGGGGGCUUGCAGAGAGCAGCCCGUGGGCAGCUGUGCCCCGCGGGGGUGCUGCGCGGACGGACGGAUGGACGGACGGACGCCCUGCUGGGUCGUGCGUCGGCAGGUAGCAGAGGGACUGUGCGGCCUCACCGCCAGCAGGCGCCUGGGCCCUCGCUGGGCCUCGCCCCGCAGCCCGGAGCCCUCUGCCGUGGUACCUGCUGUCGCUCGCCCACAGCCCGGCAGCCCCCUUGCCUCCUCCCCCGAGCGCUGUAUGUUCUCCUCGGGCGUCCACGCGUCCGCGUGUCUGGGGCACCGGGAGGCGGCCGGCCCCAGCAGGCUGGCGCUGCUCCUCGCGCGUGGCCCUGAGAGGAGGGGAUUGAACUCCGUGAACUCCAGGGUCCGACCAGCCCUGCGGUUGUGGACUUCUUAGAUCUAACGUGACAUGUGCUCGGUGCUCUGUUGUUUAAUCUCUUCUUUGUGACGCGAUUACUGACCCCUAGUGUUCCCGAGUGUUUGCUGUACCAGGCCCAGCACCAGACCCUCUCCGUGCUUAUUUUCACCAUGUCUCUGAUGUGGGGCCCCUGUAAGCGGCUGGAGUGGGGACCACGUGCGUACCAUUAAAUCCACCUGUUC